AUGCUAGUGGCAACCGACAUCAGCAAGGCCUACUCGGACAGGACUCUGUUCAGUGGCCUCACCAUAAAUGUGGCAGCCGGAGAUCGUAUCGCCCUGGUCGGGCCGAACGGUUCGGGCAAAACCACGCUCUUGGAUAUACUGGCCGGAGAGACAGACCCUGAAACCGGCAGCAUAACCAGGCAACGAAGCAUUUCUGUUGGCUAUCUGAAGCAGGAGGCUGCGGCGUUUGCCGGCAAGUCUCUGCUCCAGGAAGUGCUGGACGCGGGAGUAGAGGCGAACGCUCUGAUGGAAGACAUUGCUUCUACGCGGGAAGCAUUGUCUUCGGAGACCGAACCUGAGCAGCAGGAGGAAUUGCUGCUGCGCCUUGCCAGGCUUGACGCGGAAUUGGAGGCCGCCGGCGGGGAUGACCGCGAUUACGAGGCCAAGGCGAUUCUUUCCGGCCUCGGCUUCAAGCAGGCCGACUUUUCUCGUCCCAUCAGGGAGUUCAGUGGAGGCUGGGUUAUGCGGGCCGGCCUCGCCAGGAUCCUCUUCCGCAAGCCGGACUUGCUCCUCCUGGACGAGCCAACCAAUCACCUCGACCUGGAAGCGAAUAUUUGGUUCGAAAAAUACCUGGCUUCAUUUCAUGGCGGAUUGCUGCUCACCUCCCAUGACCGCGCUUUUCUCAACCAGGUGGCAACCCGGGUUCUCGCCAUUGAGCAGGAAGGGAUCACCCUGCACAAGGGCAAUUAUGACGAUUACCUGGUCUCCCGCGAGCGUUACCUGGAGGUCUUGCGGGCCACGGCCGCCAGGCAGGAGAGGGAAAUCCAGCGUCAGAUGCGCUUCGUGGAGCGAUUUCGUUCCAAGGCCACCAAGGCAACGCAGGUGCAAAGCCGCCUGAAACAGCUGGAAAAAAUACAGCCCAUAGAACUGCCACGCUCCACCAAAAAAGUUCACUACUCCUUCCCCGCUCCUCCUCGCAGCGGCUCCGAGGUCUUAUCCCUGGUCAAUGUCAGCAAGUUAUACGGCAACAAUGUAGUAUACCGAGGCAUGAACCUCACCCUCUCUCGGGGAGACCGGGUUGCCCUCGUGGGACCCAACGGCGCCGGCAAGACAACCAUGUUGAAGAUACUGGCCGGGGUCUUGCCGAUCGAGGGCGGUGAAAGAAAUCUCGGCCACAAUGUGGUCCCCGCCUAUUAUGCCCAGCACGUGCUGGAACUCCUCAAUACCAGCAACACCAUCGUCGAGGAACUGAAACAGGCGUCCCCUGCCGAGUCGGAACAAAACCUGCGCACAACCCUGGGCGGGUUCCUGUUCAGCGGCGACGAUGUUCAGAAGCCCAUCUCCGUGCUUUCCGGCGGUGAAAAGGCGCGGGUGGCCCUGGCCAAACUGCUGCUCCAGCCCAGCAACCUGCUGUUGAUGGAUGAGCCUACCAACCACCUUGAUAUUGCAUCCAGGGAGAUACUUGCCGAUGCCCUUGGCGAUUAUCACGGUACCCUGUGCCUCAUCACCCACGACCGCACCCUGAUUCGACAGGUCGCCAACAAAAUCAUUGAGAUCGUGGACGGACGCCCCAGGGUAUUCCCCGGCGACUAUGACAAUUAUCUGCAUAUCAAGGAGUCCGAGGCCCAUAGAAAUGGAUCAGGGCCAUCGGCCGACAAGGUCGUGGUCGCUCCCAAGCAGGGUCAGUCCAGGAGGCGCUCCGGUCGGACCUUGACCGAGGAAGAAGUCCAGCGCCGGACUCUUAGCAGAGAAUCCCGACGUCUUUCAACUCGCAUUGACGAGGUCAGUGCCUCGCUGGCCGAGCGCGAGUCACGCAUAGCGGAACUCGAAGCCAUGUUUGCCGACCCCGAGCGAUUCGAAGAUUCGGCAGAAAUAGCUGACACCGCGGAACAGUACCGUGCACUCAAAGAGGAGGAGGAAUCCUUCCUGGAAGAGUGGGAAAAGCUUUCGCUGGAAGCGGAAUCCAUAGACGUUCAGCUUGCGGCCCUGGAAGAAUUUACUGUUACCGUGUGA